GUCCGCCAUAAAACCCACAGAAGAAGAAGAAGGCGCAUGACACUGACAGCCUUCUCUUGAAAUCCAGCUCAAACUGCUAGAAGGACAGACGUCAGACGUUGAUCGCCUCAUUCGCUAGACAGGAGUUUGUCGUCUAACGUUAGUGGACAUGGAGGAAGCCAAUCAAGAUGCCUUUGACAGAGCCAGGCUGCAGGUGAUCAAAGACGGCUAUGAGAAGGCCUUUGAGUGCAUUAACAGGGGCCUGACAGAGGAUGAAGCUGGCCACAAGACCCAGGCCCUGGCCCAGUACAGACAGGGACGCCAGCACCUCCUCAGGGCCAUCAGUGUGCCCUCAAAGGGGCACGAGUGUGUGGGCUGCUCCUGGGAGUCAGCCCGCCAGAUGCAGCACAAGAUGCAGGAGACUCUGAACAACAUCACCACUCGAUUGGCGGUCCUAGAGACCAGCCCAGACCCUGAGCUCCCACCACCUCUAGAUGCCUCUAAUGGAGUCCCUGGGACAGCUUCUAACCUUUACCCCAAACUGGAGAAGGAGAAACCAGAGCGGCCAUCUCCACCCAAGCUACUAAUGACUAAUUGCCGGGCUGGAGCUGUGGGAGACAUUGUGUCUCCCUCCCUGCCUCUUUCUCCCACUAGACAGCCUGUGGUGCCUGGCGAGCUGCCCCCAGCCUACUCCUCCCAGGCGGCUGAUGGUCACCUGACUAUCUCCUACGGGACAGAAUCUGGAGAAAUGUCGCUGGUGGGAGAGGAGUUCUACAGCCACAUGUCCCCCUCUCCCCCCUCUCCUCAGAGCCUGGGGGAGGAUGGAGAGGAACUCUUCUUCCUGUCUCACGGGGUGCAGAUAUUCUUUGUCACACCUGACGGCCAGGUCAGCGCUCCCUCCUACCCAGGGUACCUGCGGAUGGUCAAGUUCACCAGCCAGCAGUCAGAGAGAGUGCCCAACCGCCCCCCAGCCUUCCUGCAGGUGUGUGAUUGGCUGUACCCGCUGAUGGCCACUGACUCCCCCGUUCUGCUGUGUAACACAGGGGUGUUCAUGUUCCCGGACAUGAUGGCGUCUGCCCCGGGGUCCUACGUGGGCGUUGUGCUGUCCUCUGAACUGCCUGUAGAAGACAGACAACUGUUCCAGGACCUGUUGUCCCAGAUGACAGACCUCAGGGUGCAGGCUCCAAAUGAGGCAGCAGACAGCAUCAACCUGAGACAGAAGGUGUCCAUCGCUCCCCUCGAGGAAGAGGAGGUCCCAGCAGCAGGAGAGGAGGAGGAGGAGAAGAACCUGCCAGAGUGGAGUGAGAAGGUGGCCAGCGGCAUCCUCACAGGGGCAUCGUGGCUGAGCUGGGGCCUGGUGAAGGGGGCUGAGUUUACUGGCGUAGCCAUCCACAAGGGGGCGUCGAAACUGCGGGAGCACAUCACCCCCGAGGACAAGCCAGCCCAUGUCAGCCCCUCCGUCUCCAAGGGAUUGCGUGUAGCCAAACAGGCCACCGGGGGCGCUGUCCGCGUCAGCCAGUUCCUGGUGGACAGUGUGUGUAUGGUGGCAGGGUGUGUGGGUAAGGAGCUGGCUCCCCACGUGAAGAAACAUGGAAGCAAGUUGGUCCCAGAGUCCAUGAAGAAAGAUAAAGAUGGACGAUCCAACAUCGAUGGAGCCAUGGUGGUGGCUGCCAGCGGAGUUCAAGGCUUCGCUACCAUGUGGACCGGCUUGGAAGUAGCAGCAAAGAACAUCACCGUCUCCGUUGCCUCAGAAACCGUCAACACUGUCAAGCAUAAAUUCAGGGGUCUACAAAACAUCUUAGACCCACCUAAUGACAAGACAUGUAUGGGGUGGCAGCCGGCCAGGCCACAGACCAUGCUGUGAACUCAGCCAUUAACAUGGGCGUCACCGCCUUCAACAUUGAUAACCUGGGCAUCAAAGCUGCGGUGAAGAAGACUGGCAAACAGACGGCUGUGGCCAUUCUGCAGGACUACCAGCUACAGGACCCUAACACUAACCAGAAACAAGUGGAGAAACGGGACAAAUAGGCCCCAUCCAGGAAAACGUUUUACGUCCCAAAUGGCACCCUAUUCCCUAAAUAGUCACUACUUUGAACCAGAGCAAAAUAUAGAGAAUAGGGUGUGUUUUGGGACACAGUCAACCCCUAGCCCCAUGACACUUACCCUAGUCCUACCCACAGAGCACUGGUGUAGAUAUGAGAGGACUGGAUAGGUGUGAGCAUAAUGGCAAAACUUCUACUUGCCAAGUCUGUCAUAGGGAAAGGCUGAGGUACUACCAUAUUGAUUAAACGUGUCCAUUUUAUUUCAGAUCUACCCUAGUGCCUAGAGGGUAGAGGCUAGGUUUGCGUCCCAAAUGGCACCCUAUUCCCUAUGUAUAGUGCACAAAGGGAAUGAGGUGCUAUUCGGGAUGCACCCAUGUCUUCCUCUUUCCUUUAGAGCCUUAAUUAACACACAAUUUGUAUUCUUCUAUAAAGAAAUCUAUGUAAAUUAUUUACAAUAAAUAUUUUAUAUUUACAUACUAGUUGAUUAAUAGCCUAUAGAUAUGUUACCAGGGUUUGAUAACUGUUAAGCACUUCAAUUUUCAUAAUGAAUGGUAUGACAUUAUAAUGUCAUUAAUAUAAUAAUAACUAAGAUGAACAUUGUAUGUAGGUAGGCUGAUGUAUUAUUGCUAAAUUAUUUGUGUGCAAGACACUGGAAUAGAUUAAGUCACGUAUGUGAUACAAAUAUAAACUGAGAAUAGGAUUAUUUUUAAACAUUUCAAGACUACUGCUGUUGACCUAUUGUAGUAACAGUAGUAGUAUUACUGCAGUAGUACUGUAGUAACACUGUCCACAUUUCAGUAUAUCUGGAGGUGAAGGUGUAUCUGCGGUGAGGUUGUACAAUUCCGGUAACUGUCCCAACAGGAUUUCUGGAAAACCUGGGAAUUUUGCAGAAGGUACUGGAAAUAUGCAUCCCUUAUCUGAAAGUCAGGGGGGGGGACCCAGCAGCAUGCUAACAAUGUGCUAUAAGAAUACAUGUUUGGGUUCAUUUAAUCAAUGAAAUAAUGUUCAUGUGUGAAACAAGACGAAUCCAGGAAUACAUGUAGUUUGUAUAGCUGUUGAGGGUACUGGGUAAGAUUGAACAAGGUAUACUUUAAGGUAUACUCUUGUCAUAUGACUUUGUAAUGCAGAGGAAAGAAUCAAUCCAAACAUAGAAGCAGUGGAGUUUUGAACUGGUUUGAGAAUGGUCCAUGGUUUGCUUACUAUGCCUUAAUAACCAGUUACUACAUGCUCUAUGCUACUGUAACCAAGCAAGCCCACACUACUUUCAUCUUGGUUGUACUUGUUAAAGCUGUGAAAUUAAUUUUCUAUGAAAGGACACUUUUUUUUUCAUAUGAUGUAAAGAAAGUGAUAUAUUUUUUUUAACUAUGACAUCUGGAAGAAAUGAUUAUGGCAAAAUUACAGCUAUACAUACAUCAACCGUUUUGGCACAAUCUGUACGUAUGUGGGAAGUUUUGGAGUGUGUGUUUAAGAUUAGUCGCUGUACAUGUAAUGUUCUCAACAUUCUGUAUUUAACUUGUAAGGCUGUCUACCAUUCAUAAUUUACCUUGGGCUGAUGUUGAUUCAAUAUGAAUUGUCUUCAGUAAUAUUUCCCCUUCAGGGUUAAGUGAAGGCAGACUGUCUUUCUGGUGUGAAUUUGAAAUAUCAUGCAGGCAUUGAAUACACAUCAGUAUUCUCACAAAGUGGUUGUCAUUUUCUUUCUAAAUAAUGGCUCUGUGCUUCUGUGGCCCUAUGUGAACAAAUAGUCACAUGGUCUGAUGAUAAACCAAAUAUCUGAUAUGUAAUAAAAAGCUAUUGAAGAAUGA